AGUAAACACCGAGCAGCGGCUAAAUGACAGCAGCUAACGUUAGACCUUAAACCUGCUGGAUGUUAAAGGGGACAUGGGAAUGGUCAAAGAUUUCCUCGUUGUGUUAUUUUAAUGAAGUCAGCUGUUUAGUGUGACAUUUUAACUAUCCAGCGACAGUAUUAGCGCGUUUUAAUUUUGAGACCAAGCUAACCAGCUAGCCAGCUUAUCUCUGGUUGAUAUUAUUAUUUAGAGUCAUGAACUCCCUGGUUGGUUACGGAGUGUCCUCGGAGUCUGACAGCGAUGCUGAUGUAGACGAUGUAAACAGCGGUGGAGCUGGCUGUGUAAAGGAGGCGGGUGAUGAGGCGUCAGCUGCCAAAAAGACCCGCAACUUCUUGCUGGAGUCUGGUUCAGCUUCCAGUGAAUCAGACAGUGAGUCAGAACCAGGGGAAGAGGACCCAGAGCACCCUUCACCAACAACACAUCCCCAGAAACCAGCAUCUUCUACUUCCUGCCAGUCCUCCCUACCUGCUCCUUCCCUGGGUUCCCACCCCUCCAAUAAACUACCUCCUCCUUCUCUACAUACCUGCUCUGACAGCAGUGUGUUUGCCAACCCUUUCAAAGCUCAGGCAGACCAGAAGCUCAGCGCCUUGCAGAAACACGUCCCCCUCACAAUGCAGGCCAAACCCUCUCAGAUAGGAGGUAAAAGGAUGUGUGUGUCAUACAGGAAAGAUGGAAGGUGCAGGUUUGGGAUCAAAUGCAAGUUCGCUCAUGACAGUGACCUCCAGACUGACACGCAUCCACCUGUGGGUGAAGAAACAACAAUGUCAGAUGAAGCUGAGUCCCAUGCAGGCGGCUCAUGUGGUGGAGGAUCCCAGCACCACCAGCAGGAGACAAGAGAGGAAGAGUCAGGAGGGCAGCUAUUGAAGAAGAGGAAGGUUGGACUGAGUAACACCUUGAUUCCUCCUAAACGAGCUAUGAAGCAGUUUGCCAUGCAGAGGGAGAGGGAGCAGAUCAACAUGUCCUGAUGAAUGAUUUCUGGGCUGUGUGCUGUCACAAAGCAAUAGUACUGGGAUGACAUAUGUUCUCUCAGUGUGUAUAUGUUGUAGAAACUGUGCACUAUCUACUGUAGGACCAAUUAAUGACUCAGGCAUAGUUACAUCUGGAAGACACUUUUGUCCAAAGCGACUGACAUUUUUAUUUGCGUCAAUCACACAUCGAGAGCAGUUUGUUCUUGCUUGAGGACAUUUUGACAUGUCAGGGCUUAACAAUAAGGAUUGCUCAAUAGCUCAGAGCAAGUACAAUACCAUGUAGGGCUAGUAUAUCUAGUAACUUACUUGCCAAGUUGGACAUGUGCUAGAUAGAAAAUAAUUAGAUGUAGUUUUUUUGUUCUAGAAUUGUUGGUGUAAGUAGCUUAGAAGUGAGCCAUCUCACAUCCUUUUAAUCUCUGUUGAAAGCUGAACUUUUGCAAUACUGAAUGACAGUUAACUUAAGUCUUUGUUGUUACUUGCUAACUGGUAAUAAAUUAAAUUUGUAUAGGAGAAGGUAAAUAUUGACUUUGGGCAAUAAGAUUCUGAUCCACUUAACCCUAGCCCAAUUAAAAAACAUCAACAUUGAACUCUGCAUGUAGACAGAAGGAGCUGCGGCCCCA